UCCAGCCUAGGACCUUCACGCCAGAUACCCACAAAGAAGAGAACAAGACUGGGAAGUCAGGGAGGCAGUGUCAGGUUUCAAACUCCAGCCAGCCACUCAGAGCUCCGCGAUGUCAGGGACCCGCCUUGGGCUCCUGGUCUCUGUCCUGUGCUGGGUAGUCAGAGCCUUUCCUAACACCUCCCCACUGCUGGGCUCCAGCUGGGGUGGCCUGACCCACCUGUACACGGCCACAGCCAGGAACAGCUACCACCUGCAGAUCCACAAGGACGGCCAUGUGGAUGGCACACCCCAUCAGACCAUCUACAGUGCCCUGAUGAUCAGAUCAGAAGAUGCCGGCUUUGUGGUGAUAACAGGUGUGAUGAGUCGGAGGUACCUCUGUAUGGAUUUCAGAGGCAACAUCUUUGGAUCUCAUCUCUUCAGCCCCGAGAGCUGCAGAUUCCGACAGCGGACGCUGGAGAACGGCUACGACGUGUACCACUCCCCGCAGCACCGCUUCCUCGUCAGCCUGGGCCCGGUCAAGAGGGCCUUCCUGCCCGGCACCAACCCGCCGCCUUACUCCCAGUUCCUGUCGCGGAGGAACGAGAUCCCCCUCAUCCACUUCAACACCCCGCGGCCCAGGCGCCACACCCGCAGUGCGGAGGACGCGGAGCGCGACCCGCUGAAUGUGCUGAAGCCCAGGCCCCGCAUGACCCCCGCGCCGGCCUCCUGCUCCCAGGAGCUCCCAAGCGCCGAGGACAGUGGCGUGCUGGCCAGCGACCCGUUAGGGGUGCUCAGGGGCAACAGGGUGAAUGCGCACGCCGGGGGCAUGGGCAUGGAGAGGUGCCGCCCCUUCCCCAAGUUCAUCUAGGGGGACCUACCGGAAUCCAUGGCUGCGCUGUCCUGAAAGCUGCACUGUCUCCGGUGGGAAGGUGGGGGUGAGGUGUGCGGGCGGCUGUUUCUCUCCCUGUCUACCAGCAGGGCCCCAGGAAUGCGCCUGUGAGGCCUGAGUGGUGGCAGUUUCACUGCCUUCCCACCCCACCCACGCCACCUUUCUGAAUUUAGAAGCCCCGAAAGAUAAACUCAAAGUUUCGCCGUCAUCAAGGAGAGAGGGAUUCCCACCACCACGCCCCAACCACGCUCGGCAGUUUCUCUCCCCUGUGCCUCUCCUUCGCCUAACAUUAAAAACCAAGCAAUGGCUUAGUGAGCUCACCACUGCCAAGGUGAAGGGAAGAGCCAGUACCAGUAGCUUCUGCACUGCUCCUUACAUUUAGGUUACCUGCACGGGCCCUGUUGGCAUUUGAGUUUGCAUCGCUGACCUCGGGCAUUAACAGCAGAACUGAGCAAACUGAUAACAAUCCUAAUCUCAGGCCUUUGCUCUUCCCUAGAGUGUCUCUGGAAAAGAGCUGUCAGAAAGGUUAACUAGAAUGCUUGGAGAACUGAGGCAAGACAUCAAGCUAGAAAAUUCAACCUCCCCACGGGGCAGGCACCCCUUGCCACGUUCUUUCCCCUUCUAUGCAGCCAGAGGGGCGGGGGGGGCUGCCUGUUCCCAAGUGGUCCAUGAUACAGCCCUGUGGACCCUGUCUUUGGCUUUAGUGAAUUCGGCCUAAGGAAGAGAUUUGGCAGAGGCUCCUAAAAUUCUAGGAAAUGAAAACCAGUAUUUUAAAUGGAAAUAAACGGAAAUUCCCCUAAGAGGCAUUUGAUGAAGCCUACUUUCAGGUUGAGCAGUACCACAUUUGAGAGGACUUACAAAACUGUUAACAGGGAUGGGACAAUGGGACUGCUCUGGGUUGGGUUUUUGUGGACUGGCAGGUUGUGUCCUUAUGUCAAAGGCAAGUGGUAUCAAGGGCUCAAGGGAAAAAGCCCAAUAAUCAGGGGACAGAUAUGCAGGAGUUCCAACAAAGACCAGGCUGCUGGCUCUUCAUGCUCGUCUCCUCACUAGAGUUAGCUAAAACACCCCCGGCUGGCAGAGGAGUCCACGCUGAGUCUUUGUCCACUUGCAAAUCCUGGGGGCACUGCCUGAAGACCAUUUUCAGUCCCAGGGAAAACAAACUUCACUUGCCAAACGGCUGAGGCGCCAGACCUUGAUGCUCAGCCCCCGCUACACACGAGUCUUUCUACAAAGGGGCCCCAUGUUCCUACCUCUGUUCUACCCAACCUACACAUCAGGAUGCUUAGUAAGCAGAGCAGAUUUAAACAACAGCUUCUUCCCACUUGGUUUUUUUUCCACUGCCAUCAUGCACCCAGCCUCAGAAAUGGACCUGUUCUUUUAAUUAUGAAACAUUGGACCACUGUUUUCACCUGAACUUGAAGGACUAGUGCUCAUUCUGAAAACACUAAAACUAUGUAUACUACUAUAUAGCAGUGCAUGGCAAAUAUUGUCUCGAUAGUUCUCAUUUCCUGGUGGAGAUACUAUACUGUAUAAAAGCUAUUGGAAGCUCCCCAGUACUGACAAUUGGAUGUAAAAUCCCAAAAGGACUUUGGUGGAAAACUGGUGGUAAUCUGAUAAACCCAGUACCAUUUAUUAGGGAUUUUUCCUUUGGCAGGAACUGAGGCAGUCCCCACAAAUUUCUAUGUUUCUUAGCAUUUGGCGAUAUUUAUUUAUUUAUUUGGAAAAUUUGCCAAUCGCUUGAUAUUUAUAGAUAUUUAUAAAAGUGUAAC